GCGGAGGAGGCAGGAAUAGGUGAUGGGAUCGGAGAGGGCCCCCCCAAAGGUGUGGGGAGUGAAUGUGUGUGUUUCGGCUGGGCUAGAAUGGGGAGGAGGCGCCCAUUAACUAAGGUAGCACUCCCUCCCCCCAACCCCUGGACCACUGUGCCGGACCCACCCUAGUCCUGGGGUGGGUAACCCGGGGUCCUCGAACUUCAUAUUUUUUUUUGUACUGUCUCGAUCUGAGCAUUUGCAUAGAUCGGUUUCUCCUUGAUUCCCUCUUUUAUUUUCUGCCCAAGAAGGGGUCUAGUGACUUCUUCAGACUUUACGGGAGGGGUGACCCCCAAAGUUAUGUCCGUCUGCUCCUGGGGGUCCCCAUCAGCCUCCUUCCCCUCCGCCGAGCUCUUAACACUCUUCCACACCCAUCCUCGCCCCUUGCCAGCCAAAGAAAACAGCCACCUCCGCGGAAGAGAGCAGCUAGUGUGGGGAAGGGGCGUCCGGAGAGGGAGGGGAUGACGGAUCGUGCGUUUUAAAGGGUGUCUCUAGUUGUGUUUUUCUUCAUUGUCCGAGGGACUGGGAGCCCCGGACGCCUCGAGGCGCAUCCAGCGGUCCCUCUAAACCAGAAGCUUGUUCUUAUAUAGUUUGUGGGCUAUUUUCCAACCGGUAGAAAUGGAAGAAGAUCCCGAAUUCAUUUGAAGACGCCAGGGAUUAUCUCGGCGAUUUGGAGGAGGUGUUUUUGGUUAAAUAUCACCGUCCGGGCGGUCUUUCGCCGUCGUCCCUUCGCUCCCACCCCUCUCGCCCCCGGCUGGGGCCGGGCAGGGAUCGCGCCGCCGGGGGGGUGCGCUGGGGGUUUCCUCCGAUGUGGACUCCAGAGGAUUUGCCCCUCCUUUGUAACUGAAAUGAAAUAAUGGCGACCCGUUGGCUCGGCCCGCCCGCGGGAGAUGGAGACGGGACCCAGUCUGGUGGAACACCUAUGGAGGAGGCCUACUACCCCAGAUACCUCCCUGAAACGAAUUCAGAUUUGUGUCAUCGCUUCCCAUCACUGGUAGCCAAAAAUAAAGAUGGGAAAGAACAAAGUGAAACAGUAUCACCAUCUGAAGAUGAAACAUUUUCUUGGCCGGGUCCAAAAACGGUUAUGUUGAAGAGAACAUCUCAAGGCUUUGGUUUUACUUUAAGGCAUUUUAUUGUUUAUCCACCAGAGUCUGCUAUUCAUAUUUCCUGUAAGGAUGAAGAGAAUGGAAACAGAGGAGGAAAGCAAAGAAACCGACUGGAGCCCAUGGACACCAUAUUUGUUAAGCAAGUUAAAGAAGGAGGACCUGCUUUUGAAGCUGGAUUAUGCACAGGUGAUCGUAUUAUAAAAGUCAAUGGAGAAAGUGUUAUUGGAAAGACGUAUUCCCAAGUAAUUGCUUUAAUUCAGAACAGUGACACUACAUUGGAACUUAGUGUUAUGCCAAAAGAUGAAGACAUCCUUCAAGUGCUACAGUUUACAAAGGAUGUCACAGCACUGGCAUAUUCUCAAGAUGCCUACUUGAAAGGCAAUGAAGCUUAUAGUGGCAAUGCCCACAAUAUUCCUGAGCCGCCACCUAUUUGCUAUCCCUGGCUAUCACCGUCUACUUCAGGAAAAGCACAGCCCGUGGAAGUAGCUCCUUCUGACUCUUCGCUGAGCAAACAGCCCGUCAGCCCUCCAGCACUGGCCCAGCCUGGCAGGGCCUACAGAAUGGAAGUCCAAGUGCCUCCAUCACCUCCAGAUGUUGCAAAGUCCAACACAGCUGUGUGUGUUUGCAAUGAAACUGUAAGAACUGUCAUUGUGCCUUCUGAGAAGGCUGUAGAUUUGUCAUCUGGUAGAAAUAACCUUACAGGCCCAUCCCACAGAACGGAAGAGGUCAGGUACGGCAUCAGUGAACAGACUUCUUUAAAAACAGUGUCCAGGACUCUGUCACCAUCCUCUUCAGUUCCCACUACCCAUUUAAUUCAUCCGACUCCAGUGUCAAGAUCAGGAGAGCCUUCUGGAGUUUCUGUUAAAUCUGGAAAUUAUGGGGGACAUUCAGAAGGAAUCUCAAGCAGUAGGCCUCAAGCAGUGGAUACUCCCUCUGUUUCCACUAAUCAUUAUUCUCCAAAUUCUCAUCAACAUAUAGACUGGAAAAACUAUAAAACCUACAAAGAGUAUAUAGAUAACAGACGAUUACACAUGGGGUGUAGGACAAUUCAAGAAAGACUAGAUAGUUUGCGAGCAGCUUCUCAGAACACAACCGACUAUAGUCAGGUGGUCUCCAAUCGCACUCCGUGGCAGACACGCCGGAGGAGCACUUCUCAUGAUAGAGCGCCUCAGCCUGUUCAGAUCCGACAGCGUAGCGUGUCCCAGGAACGACUGGAGGAUCCUGUGCUGAUGAAGUACUGGCCAAGAAGUGCGUCUCAAGGGGCACUCACCUCCCCAUCUGUUAGUUUUAGGAGCCACAGAACACGCUCAUGGGAUUAUCUCGGCGGGCAAGGCGACACGUCAGAAAAGGCAAAUUCGGAGAGCCUUGUGUCUGAUUCAAAUGGAGAUAGAAAACAGACUUAUAAAUGGACUGGGUUUACAGAACAGGAUGAUCGACGAGGUAUCUAUGAAAGAUCCAGGCAGCAAGACUUUCAUAAGUCUCUUCGAAAUUCAAAUUUUACUGUGGCUCCCAGUGUUUUAAAUUCAGAUAGUAGACGAGUGAGUGGUAGAGGAGUGGGAUCUGGGUCCCAGUUUCAGAAAGCUUCACCAGAUUUAAAAGUAUUGCAAUCAAAUAGAAACUUUCAAAGUACUUAUGGAACAUCAUUGCCUCGAGGUAUUUCACAAGACAGGUCACCUCUGGUAAAAGUCAGAAGUAACUCUUUGAAAUCUCCUUCUGCAUAUGUGGCAAAACCAUCAUUUAAUCAGAACUCAUUUGUUGCUAUCAGAGACCAAAGAGCAGUAAAUCACUUAUGUUCAAGCAAUCUAUUAAAUCAGCAGUCAAGAUUACGUGCUGAAAGUGCACCAGACCAUAUUGUUGAUGCUGGGAAGUCUCCCACUUCAUCUUCUUCCAAGCUUGGACUUCAGAUGAAUGAAAGCUGUUCACCCUCAGAUGAUUUGGAACCAUCUAUCAAACAAAAUUCACAAGAAGCUGAAAUUCCACCUUCAAGCUCUCUAGAGAAUAAAGAAACAGUGGUUCUGAGGGAAAAACCUCCAUCUGGACGCCAAACACCACAGCCUUUGAGGCACCAGUCUUACAUCUUGGCAGUAAAUGACCAAGAGACUUCAUCAGACACUACCUGCUGGUUACCUAAUGAUGCACGUCGAGAGGUCCACAUCAAGAGAAUCGAGGAAAGAAAAGCAUCAAGUUCCAGCCCACCUGGUGAUUCCCUGGCGUCCAUUCCAUUUAUAGAUGAGCCAACCAGUCCAAGCAUCGAUCAUGAUAUUGCACAUAUUCCUGCGUCUGCUGUCAUUUCAGCAUCCACCUCUCAUGUGCCCACUAUAGCGACGAUUCCUCCAAGUCUUACAACUUCAGCCCCUUUAAUUCGACGUCAGCUAUCACAUGACCAUGGAUCUGUUGGACCCAUCCUAGAUGGCCAACGCAACUCAAAGACUGAGAGAUCAAAAUCAUAUGAUGAAGGACUGGAUGAUUAUAGAGAAGAGGCAAAAGGGUCUUUUAAGCAUGUAUCUAGCUUGAAAGGAAUCAAGGUGUUAGACAGCCAAAAAUCUUCAGAAGACUCUGGGUCCAGAAAAGAUUCCUCUUCAGAAGUAUUUAGUGAUGCUGCCAAAGAAGGAUGGCUCCAUUUUCGACAACUUGUCCCUGAUAAGGGAAAGAGAGUUGGUGGAAGCAUUCGACCAUGGAAACAGAUGUAUGUCGUCCUUCGAGGCCAUUCACUUUACCUGCACAAAGAUAAAAGAGAACAGACAACUCCAUCAGAGGAAGAGCAACCUAUUAGUGUAAAUGCUUGCUUAAUAGAUAUUUCCUAUAGUGAAACCAAGAGGAAAAAUGUAUUCAGGCUUACCACUUCAGAUUGUGAAUAUUUAUUUCAAGCUGAAGACAGAGAUGACAUGUUAGCCUGGAUCAAGACCAUCCAAGAAAGCAGCAACCUCAGUGAAGAGGAUACUGGCGUCACUAGCAGAGACCUAAUUAGCCGAAGGAUAAAGGAAUAUAGUAGUCUGAUGAGCAAAGCAGACCAGUUGCCAAAAACACCUCGCCAAAGUCUCAGUAUCAGGCAGACUCUCCUUGGUACUAAAUCGGAACCAAAAUUCCAGAGUCCACACUCUCCCAAAGAAGAGUCAGAAAGAAAACUCCUCAGUAAAGAUGACACCAGUCCUCCAAAAGACAAAGGCACAUGGAGAAAAGGCAUCCCAAACAUCAUGAGGAAAACGUUUGAAAAAAAGCCAACUGCUGUAGGAACCUUUGGUGUCAGACUGGAUGAUUGUCCCCCAGCUCAUACCAAUCGGUAUAUUCCACUAAUAGUUGACAUAUGCUGCAAAUUAGUUGAAGAAAGAGGACUUGAAUAUACAGGUAUUUACAGAGUUCCUGGAAAUAAUGCUGCUAUCUCAAGUAUGCAAGAAGAACUCAACAAGGGAAUGGCUGAUAUUGAUAUACAGGAUGAUAAAUGGCGAGACUUGAAUGUGAUAAGCAGUUUGCUGAAAUCAUUCUUCAGAAAACUCCCUGAACCUCUCUUCACAAAUGAUAAAUAUGCAGACUUUAUUGAAGCAAAUCGAAAAGAAGAUCCCCUAGAGCGUCUAAAAACGUUAAAAAGACUAAUUCAUGAUUUGCCUGAACAUCAUUAUGAAACCCUUAAAUUUCUCUCUGCUCAUUUGAAAACAGUAGCAGAAAAUUCAGAAAAAAACAAGAUGGAACCAAGAAAUCUAGCAAUUGUUUUUGGUCCAACCCUUGUGCGAACAUCAGAAGAUAACAUGACACAUAUGGUGACUCACAUGCCUGAUCAGUACAAAAUUGUAGAAACCCUUAUUCAACAUCAUGACUGGUUUUUCACAGAAGAAGGUGCAGAAGAGCCUCUUACAACAGUUCAGGAGGAAAACACAGUAGAAUCUCAACCAGUGCCAAACAUAGAUCAUUUACUGACCAACAUUGGAAGGACGGGCGUGUCUCCUGGAGAUGUAUCAGAUUCAGCUACUAGUGACUCAGCAAAAUCUAAGGGUUCUUGGGGAUCCGGAAAGGAUCAGUAUAGCAGAGAAUUGCUUGUAUCCUCCCUCUUUGCAGCAGCUAGUCGCAAGAGGAAAAAAACAAAAGAGAAAGCACAGCCGAGCAGCUCAGAGGAUGAGCUGGAUAAUGUAUUUUUCAAGAAAGAAAUUGCAGAACAGCCUCAGAGUGAUAAUAAUAGUAAAGAGGAUGGCAGCGGAGAGUUGAAAAGAGAGAAUGAUCCAGUAAGAAAGCAAAGGACUAGUAUUUCUAAAGAUAAUACUAGCAAAAAAGAUUUGCACGUGAUGAAAGAGGAAAAGCUGGCGCCAAGGAAAGAGAACGUGGUAUCUGGAGAGCCUUUACUACCUCCCAACUCAAAAUCCACCAAGUCCCCUACUCUUGGCUACCGUUUCACCGUACUCAAAGAAGGCCCCCAGACACCCUCUCCUGGCCCUGGUGCUCUGCUCAGCACUGCCUCCCCACUCUCCCUGGAGAGGUUGCCUGGUAAAAAGUCCCUCAGUCUGGAAACUAAGUGCAGCGAGUUUCUGGCUAAUGCCGAUUCCACCUCAGGCUACUCGACCACUUCCUCUGCUGCCUACCUGACCACCCUCGACUCCAGCAGGCUCAGUCCAGAAGUGCGGUCAGUUGCUGAGAGCAAGGGAGAAGAGGCAGAUGAUGAACAGAGCGAAUUGGUCAGUGAAGGUCGGCCUGUGGAAACGGACAGUGAGAAUGAUUUCCCAGUUUUUGCCACAGGUUUUCUUUCUGAGAAAUUCUUUAGGGGGAAAAUCCAAGAAAUGGUAAAGACAAGUCGGAGAAACUCAGAAGGAAGCGAAUUAAGUUGUACUGAGGGAAGUUUAACACCAAGUUUAGACAGCCGGAGACAACUGUUCAGUUCACAUAAGCUUAUUGAACGUGAUACGCUCUCCAGAAAAAAGUCAGCUCGAUUCAAGUCAGAGAGUGACGGGACAGGCGAUACCAAAAAUGAGAGAGAGUCGUCAUCUGUAACUAAAGUAUUUGAUAUGAAGAAGAAGGGAAAGUCAACAGGUAAUUUGCUGACACCAAGUAGAAGUGACUCAGAGAAACACGAACCCACUUGGAGAAUUAAAAUAACCGACCGGCUAAAACUGAGGCUCAAAGCAUCUGCGGAUGACAUGUUUGGGGUGGGAAAUCAGAAAAACAGCUCUGCAGAGAAUGCUAAAAGGAAAAACAUCAGGAGACGACACACCCUUGGAGGGCAAAGGGAUUUUGCGGAAAUUAGCGUUUUAAAUGCUUGGAAAGUUCCAGAACAGAGUGGCGAAAGAGAGUCUGAACUUUCUGCUGUGACUCGAUUAAAACCGAAAUGCCCAGCCCAAGACCUCUCCAUUUCAGACUGGCUCGCACGAGAACGCUUACGUACUAGCACGUCUGACCUGAACACAGGAGAACCUGGAGAAUAUAGACUAGAGAACACUAGUAUAACAGAAACAUAUAAAUCAGAUGGAGGCAGCUCCCCUAGCACCUUAACUUUGACAAACAGACCCCUUCUUUCCAUAUCACCGCAAUCACCUGAACAAAUAAAUGGUGAAAGCUUCCAGAAUGUCAACCAAAAUGAUAGGCCUCUACCUGUUGCCAAUCCUCAAAAACCAUCCCUAGCCCCAGGCACUAAAUCACAAUUUCAUCAGUGUCUCUAAACUGGCAGGGAGGAUGCAUCCACUACAGCAACUCAAAAGCUACUGUUACAUGUUCCAAUAACUCUGUAAAUAUUUUUCUGUACUAGAAUUGUUAUUAUGCAGCCUUCAUUUUAGGCUGGUUUCAUCAAUGUGCACUGUGGAAUGUCUUCACUGUGCAUUUCUAUGGCCAGAAGAACAUUAAGAAAAAAUAUAUAUUUUAAAAAUAUAUUGGAUGGUUGCAUACAAAUAAGCAGGGUAUUUGUUGCAACAUGCUAUGUUGUCUAUACAAGGUUUAUGAUCAGAAAUUGAUGAGUAAAACAGCUGACAUUAGUCUGCAGCAAAUUUGUUCUUUUGGUUUAGUCACUAACAAAAGUGCCUCAUCAUAACAAUUCAUUGGGUUUGUUAGGGUGCCAUAUUGUUAACUGUUAAAUUAGAAAACUUUAAAUGAUCAGAUGAAAGCAUUUUAUUGGUAAUGUUACAUCUUACAGAUUUUAACACAGGUGGAUACAGAGCUUCCAUUCAUAGGCAUUCCAGUUGGAUCUCCGAGUUUUAUAUUCAAACUUUUAAUACAGUUUUUGAGUUUUGUGUGACUUGAAUUUUUAAUCUUUCUGUAAAAUAAGUAACUUAAAUGAACAUAUUAUAUGUGUAUCUUUUCUUCAGAUACCAGAUUUGUUAUAAAUGUUGUAACAUAGGUGUGUAGAUAGUGGAUCCUGGAUGGAACUGGCUUCUUUUAUGAAGAAUAUAAUUCUGCAUGAAGACUUAAUGAAUCCAAACCUGUGUCAUGCCUGUGUGCAUACCCAAUUAAACACUGGAAAUAAAAUUGUUUUGGUGAACUUUUUGCAUGGCUCAAUGUCAUUCUAAUGAGUCAUUUUAAAAUGUCACUUAAGUCAGUAUCCACCUAUGGUGAAUGGUAGCUAACCCUGACUUGGAGAAAAUAAAAACCAGAAUGAAUAUUUUUAUAAUAUAGAAGGAAAUUACUUUUACUCUAGAUUUUCAAAGCUUUAUUGUUGUCUGGUCUUUCUUCAUCUAAUAGAUUGAGACACAUUCUUCAGAUUCUCAGACACCUUCUUCCACACACCAUUGUUCCCACUCCCUAUGCAAAAGAUGACCAUGAGGUAUUCUUUUUCUCUGUAGAAUAGCUCUAUUUAGAGCAAUUUGUUAAAAGCUUGAAUUUUGUUUCGUCUUGAUAAUCAUAUGAAUGCUCCUAAUAAAUUCACCUUCUUUUGUUUCUGUGUAGAUAUUCCAGGUAGUGUUAUAUUUUGCAAGUCUGACCUUAAAGUUUCCUCAUCCGUGAAAGGACAGGGAUGACUAAAUAGAUCUGGGAAUUUUAAAAAUAUAUGUUGUUUUAAUAAUUAUUAUAAUACAACUGGUUUCCUUCAUGGUCCUAUGUAUUUUAAUUUUACAUAUUUAAAAAUAUUUUCUCAAAGAAAGGAUCCAUAGAAGACCUCAGCAGAUUGCUGCCAUGUUCUAAAUCUAGUAUCAUACCUCUGACUCGAACCCAGUGGGAGAAAAGAGCCAUCAAGAAAUAUUUGUUUACCUACAACUAAGAUGUGGAAAAGUGAACAAAUACAGACUUUAUUAUUCUUUCGAAGGCAUUGUGCUAAGCACCUUCAAAUAUUACUUCAUUUGUUCCUCACAACUCUCCAAGACAAGUGCUAUUAUUAUCCCUAAUUUACAGAUGAGGAGACUGAGGUGGAAGCCCAAGGUCACCUCACUAGAAGUUCCUGAGUACAGUUUUGAACUCGGGUGUUCCUGACCCCAGGGUCAGCCCUCUGAGCCACCAAUCUGCUUAAUAUAAGAAUUUAUGGUACAAUACAAAUAGAAAUGGGCGUGACUAUGAAUAGAAAAUAAAAGCUCUAAGUGAAGGCCAACUGGGGUGAAUAAUUUGACUCCAUGGAAUAAAGUUGGAUAAAGUAGAAAAAAAUGUCCUCACAUUUUUAGAGAGAGAAUUGGACUUGAUCUGUACUGUUGCCAUUACAGGCCCUAAAAGGGUGUUUGGUCAGUGUAACUUUAUGAUGCUGAUUUGUUUUUGUGGAACUUGUAGAUUAGCAAAAAGUAGACAAGACAGCAGCCAUGGAGCACAAGUAAAGUUUGGUAGCCUUUGGAAUAAGUUAGUAUCUUUGUCAAAUGGAACUAGCUGGUUGUAGCUCACCCAGGAAGAACUGAGAGGUCAUUGACUCUUCCCUUAUUAAAAUCAACGCCUUUAUUAUUUGACUACAGAGAGCUAGAUUUAAAGCCAGUAAGAACAGAGUUCAAAUUCUGUCCUUCACUGAUUCUUUGUGACCCUGAAAAAGUCACUCAAUCUCAUCAUCUGUAAAAGGAGGGAGUGGACUCAGUUAACUUUAAGAUUCCUCCUCUAGAUCUGUGAUCCAUGAGCUGUAAUAAGACCUAGGGACAAAUAGUCCUAUCCUGAAGGAGCUUUACUACACUUGGAUGAAAGGGCAUGGAGGGGGACGGGAAUGUCAUAAAUACAGACAAGUUAACUUAGGGGAAAGAAGAACAAAAUUUAAGGAAAUCAGAAAAGUCCUAAAAGGCCGAGUAGCAAGUCAAAUCGCAGUUUCUGCCAUGGGAGAUAAGUAGAAAAUGAGCAGAAAUAGCUCAGUUUGGAGGAAGGAAUAUUUGUAAAGGACUUCAAAUGACAAGUGGUGCUUUUUUUAUCCUCGAGGCAAUGAGCUUCUUAACUUUAAGGAUUCCCACUCCGGAUCUUGGUGGUGGGAGCAAUAUCCUUACCCCUUCAUCUACCUAAGUUCGUGAUGAACUCAAAUGGCUAACGUGGACUGGCAGAAAGACUACUUUUGGUUGCUUGAGUACAACACAGCCAUAUGUAGUUUUAAUUGGUUUCUAGCUAAUGGAAAACAGAAUAGGAGCAACUUAGUCAAUUCAAUUUCCCUCAAUUGAAUCAAGUAAAUGCCUUCAAAUGCUUGUUGGAUAUUCUCUGGUUAUAACUAAGUAAAUGUUUUUAUUAAUUGAAUGACUUAGGAAUGUCUUAUUUUGUUCUAAUAUCAAACUUUAAUUUUCAGGGGCUUGGGUCAGUCAGGCUCAUCACAGAAUAUUUGUUAAUCCCAUUUGUCAUUUGUUCAUGUUUUGAUACAAAUUUUUAAAAUUUUCAAAAGGAAAAUCUGAAAAUGCUUGUGAUAAAAUUUUGUCUUAAGGAAAGAAAAUCUGUUCUUGAUGUAACUCAAGUUCCAGUGUUUCUGUUUUGUUUAGGAUCUUUGAAGUUUUAAUGCAAGUAUUAAAAAGCUCAAUCUGCUUCUCCGCGUCAGCAACAAAUGCAGGAGCAGAGAAACUUGUGCAACCACUGUAGAACAAAUAGUAAGGAUCCUGCUGCCUGGUGCAGGAUUCUCAGCUUGACUGCCCAAGAAAGGGAGCAACCUGCAGAGAGAUACCUUCUGAGCAAAGAAAAUGAGGCAUAUUCACCUCAGAGCUUUCCUACCAUCAGAGCUCCCACGUGAACACAACUGUCCAUGGAUUUGCUACAAAGUACAAGAUAAAGCAAGCCUGACCAACCAUGCAUUGGAGACAUGAUGAAGAGAAAAUUUAGGGCAGCCUUUCUAAGGAAGCAUCCCCACUAACCAUGAAUGUGUUUGGGUUAUUUUGAUGGCUAAAAUCAGCUGAUGCAAAAUCCCAGAAUGUUCAAGGUGGUUGUAUUCCAAAUCAUUGAGUUAUCGGAAAAUUAUAUUGGAAAGGUACAGGAACAUGUUUCCAAUCUGGAUCAUUUAGAUAACUUAAAAUAUAGCAAUCAAAAUUAGCAGAGAACAGCCAAGAUAGUGGAGAAAUAGGAAGUAAUAUACUUGGGGUCUUCCCUCUUAACUUAACAAAUAGAAAUCUAGAAAGCAUAACAGACUGAAUCCUGGUUCAGAAAUCCAAGGGAAAAAAAUUUUUUUUUUCUUCCCAAGCCCAGGUCAGCUUUGGGAGAGAUAGGUCUGUGGACACAGGAGACUGAGGAUAGCCAGGAGGGACUGUACUGAGUUAUCUAAGCACAAUGACUGGGGGGAAAAAAUCUGCUUGUGAUAGUGCACCAGGACAAAAAGAUUUCCUUAUUAACUGGCAGCUUUGUCUCACUAGCCAGUGUUGGAUGAGAGUUUUGGGCUGCACUAAGGAGGCAACACAUGUCUAGGCAGAGUGGUCUAGGAUGAAGAAUGAUCAGAAGACCCUAGGCUAGCCUUUCAAAAAGAGCGAGUUCAAAAUCAAGUAGGGGCUGUAUGGCUCUGACUUGGAACUGGAGUAGAAAUCUCUGUGCCAGCAACCCCAGCCAAUCCGAAGUCUCUAGUGCAAUUAUCACAGCAGGGAUCUGAGACCAAAAAAGGCACCUACAGUUCUGUCACACAACUUGAAGAGAUUUCUAGCUUGUGGAUAGUGACUGCACCAGCCUUAGUCUACUGGAACUCCAGCCAGGAGAAAGCUUACAGUUGUGUUGCUCAGACCCAAACCCAUUUCAGAAACUUGCAGAGAUCUGACAAGGAUGACAAUUGGACUUUGCCUUGGAUCAGACUGUUAGGAACAAUAGAAGCUUGCAGGUUUCCCAGUCUGAGUUAUCCCUGAGAUCCUGAAAUUACCCCAAGAAGUAGGAACAGCCCAGACAUACCCUUCAGAAAUGAGCAGAAUCCAGUCCUUGCAUCAAGUUAUCGAGUAGGCUGGAGGUAGGCUGAAACAAUGAGCAACCCCCCCCCCCCAUAAAUUCCCAUAACAUUCAUCAUCGCUAAUAUUUAUAUAAUGUUCACUGUGUACCAGGUGCUAUGCUAAAUGCUUGACUAUUACUCAUUUGGUCCUCACAACAACCUGGGAGACAAGCAUAGAAGUUAAAUGACUUGCCUAUGGUCACAGCUAAUUAAGCGUCUAAGGCCAGAUUGGAGGUUGGAUCAAGAAUACUUGACACUUGAACACAAAUCCAGAAAAAAGAAUGACUCCCUAUCAAUAAACAAAGCCUCAAAGAAAAACACCACUGGAUUAAAAUUCAGCUAAAGGAUCUAACAAAAAUAAAUAAAUAAGAGGACUGGGAGGGGUAUUAAAAUGAUUUUAUUAAUGAAAUGAGAACUUCAGUAGAAGAAAUGUGGAAAACAAAUGACAGAUGAGGGGAAAGAAAGAAUAACUUGGUUUAAAAAAAAAAAAAAAAAAAAACCUUUACCCAAUAAGCAGAUUCUCCC